CUCCCCCGAGAUAAAAACCCUGCCUCCUCCUCUCCUCCUCCUCCUCUCUCCUCCCCUGAGAUAAAACCUCGGUCCCGGCGCUACGGUCGCUCUCCCUUAAGCCGAUCCGGUGCGGUGUUUGUCAGGGUAUGGCAGCGCUGGGAGCCGUAGUGAAGAAAGUAUGGUGUAUCCGCCGCUAUUUGGUGAUUCUGUGCGCUCCGCUGGUGCUGCUCCCCAUUCUCUUCAGCCUGCCCCCCAAGGAAGGAAAAUGUCUCUAUGUCAUUUUGGUGAUGGCGAUAUAUUGGUGCACCGAAGCUCUGCCUCUAUCAGUGACUGCUCUUCUCCCUGUAAUUCUUUUUCCUUUCCUUGGAAUUCUCCCAGCAAACAAAGUUUGUCCCCAAUACUUUUUAGACACCAACUUCCUCUUUUUGAGUGGCUUGACUAUGGCAGCUGCCAUUGAAGAGUGGAAUCUGCAUCGUAGAAUUGCAUUAAGAAUCCUUAUGUUAGUGGGAGUCCAACCAGCCAGGCUCAUUUUAGGCAUGAUGCUAACAACUUCCUUCUUGUCUAUGUGGCUGAGUAAUACAGCCUCUACUGCUAUGAUGCUACCAAUUGCAUUGGCUGUUUUAAAAAGCCUUUUUGGAGAUAAGGAAACAUCUAAUGAUUGCAAUAAAGUAAAAGAAGAAAAUAAAGCUUCAGUACAUCAGAAUAAACUUCACAUGGUGCCAACUGAGAUGCAGCUUCUAACAAAUAUUAAUGAGAAAGAUAUGACUGAAGAGAAGGAAGUCACAGUUGACAUUUCCUUGGAUAUAACGAAGGAAGAACAUGACAAGACAAAUAUAUGGAAAGCAUUUCUGAUUUCCAUUCCUUAUGCUGCUAGUAUUGGUGGAACAGCAACACUGACUGGGACAGCCCCAAACCUCAUUCUUUCAGGACAGUUAAAGAGUUAUUUUCCAGGAUGUGAUGUUGUGAACUUUGGCUCUUGGUUUGUGUUUGCCUUUCCCUUAAUGGUACUUUUCCUUUUCCUUGGAUGGCUCUGGAUAUGCUUCCUUUAUGGAUGCAUUAACUUAAGAGUCUGCAGAAAGAAGAAAUCGGAGAUAAGAGCUGAUGCAGAAGGCCGAGCUCGGGCAGUUAUAAAGGAAGACUAUGAGAAACUGGGACCAAUAAAGUUUGCAGAGCAGGCAGUAUUCGUUCUCUUCUGUUUAUUUGCCAUCCUGCUGUUCUCCAGAGAUCCAAAAUUCAUCACAGGUUGGGCAAGCUUAUUUAAACCAGGGUUUGUCUCAGAUGCAGUUACUGGAAUCACAAUAGUGACAAUAUUAUUCUUCUUCCCAGCGAAAAAGCCAUCUCUUAAAUGGUGGUUUGAUCUAAAAGCAUCAAAUGUUGAGAAUAAACCUUUGCUAACUUGGAGCAAAGCCCAAGAAAGUGUGCCUUGGAAUAUAAUCCUGUUGCUUGGAGGAGGAUUUGCAAUGGCAAAAGGAUGUGAGGAAUCAGGUUUGUCUGUCUGGAUUGGAGGUCGUCUUGACCCUCUAGAGAAUCUCCCUCCUCCUGUGGCUGUAAUUCUCAUCACAGCAGUCAUAGCAAUGUUCACAGAAUUUGCCAGUAAUACAGCUACAAUCAUCAUCUUCUUGCCUGUCUUGGCAGAACUGGCCAUUCGUUUGAAGGUGAAUCCUCUCUAUUUAAUGAUACCAGGAACUGUAGGAUGCUCUUUUGCCUUCAUGCUUCCAGUCUCUACACCCCCAAAUUCCAUUGCUUUUGCUUCUGGGCAUUUGAUGGUGAAAGACAUGGCUAGAACUGGCCUACUGAUGAAUUUAAUGGGAAUCUGUCUUCUGAGCUUGGCCAUCAAUACUUGGGCUAUGAGCAUUUUUCAGCUAGGCAGCUUUCCUUCCUGGGCCAAUGUCCAUAUGGGAAAUGCAACCACCGUAAUGGGACAUGCUCAAAACAUUACUUUGAACUUAACUAUAAAUAAACUUAUAUAAUUAUUACUUAACUAUAAGUAAAGCAACUUUAUUGAGAUUGGGUGAGAAAACGUCUGUCCUCAAAUCUGAGCACUAAAUUAAAUCAAUAUUAAAUACAGGUAUGUGUGGGAAGACAUACUGUGGAUGCGCCUGUAUCAUAGGACCAUCAAGUACUUUUGUUUGUUUUUUUACAAAUCUUUGUAAAUAUUCAUUGACUAUUUGAAAGACAUAAAAUACUUUUAUUUUCAUUCAAAGAAUUAUCAAGUAGCUCUAGAUACACCUUUCACUGUUUGAGGCCUGGAAGAUCUUUUACCAUCUUUCCUUGUUCAAAUAAAGGUGAUUAUUUUACUUUA